AUGAAAGACCGACAUAAGGCACACAUGCAACUGGGAGAGGUGAUUCCAGUAACAGGAGAAAUGCCAGCCCAGGAAAGGUUCAUGUGGGCCAAGGAGGAAAUAGUCGCGGUGAUUCGGGAUUCGAUUAAGUACCUGGGAAGAAUGGUGGACAGGCAUGGUGUGAGGCCGGAUCCGGAAGCAGUAGAGGCUGUUUUGACAUGGAAGGCUCCGAUAACGGAGACACAGCUAAUGAGCUUCCAAGGGUUUGCCAAUUAUUACCGUGAAUUCAUCAAAGGAUAUGCGGACAAGGUGUACCCAAUGCAGAGGCUGAUGCGCUACAAAGGAAAGAAGUUCGAAUGGAACGAUGAAGCACAGGUUGCCUUCGAGAACAUAAAACGGGAACUGUGCAAAGCGCCAGUAUUAGGCAUGCCUACAGAAGAUGGCAUGUAUGUUCUUGACACAGACACGUCGGUCACACCGCAAGUGAUGCGGAUGCUGGGUGGAUUGUUAGAGAGAGAAGUGACCAGAGAUGACCACGAGUAG